AUGGAAGCAAAACUGCAAGCUUGGCUGGAACCAAAAGGCAAGACGAAAAGCUCGCGUAAGAUGAUGGCUAUACGUUCAAUAUCUCAAAGCUCGGUCAAAAAACUCGUAGUUCAUAGAUCAGCUAUUAUUGCAGAAAGUGCUAAACCUACUGGCAAAGAACAGAGGAAUGUGAGCGCCAGGAACUUAUUUGGUGGUGAUGCUUCACAUUUAUGGAUAACCCAUUGGAUGUCGAGAAGAACAAUACUGAACUCAGUCCUCUUCGAGAAGCUCUAUCUCGACUCAAAUGCAAAACCAAACUCAGCAGAUGGGUCAUCUCCGAUGCUCAAACCAAUGACUCCAAAAACACCUUUUCUUGCUGUAAACACUGACGAUAUGCAGAUGAGUGGCACUUGCCAGAAGUUCAGUGCCUGGAGCACUAAUUUAAAGCUACGAAUCAAAAUUUCAAAAAGUAUGUGCUAUUAUUAUGUUGACAAGAAUUAG